AUUGUUUUUGGAAUAAAUUCAGCUUUAUUCAGCUCGUAUUGCGUCGUUGCACGACACCUCGUGUCUCGUGUGUGGUGUCGUGCUCAGAAAAUGUUGAGGUUAGGUUCAGUUUUUGUUAUUGUAGGUUAGGCCUAGUGUUUUUAAAAUAGUUAUUGCAGUUACUUUUCAACUGAAGGAAAUUUAGUUAUGGAGUCUACACAAAUUGCCGAUAAUUUGGAAACCAAAACUGAAGCUGACGUCAUUCCAGAGAACGAUGCCAAGACGGGUGAUGAAGAAAAAAAGACUGAAAUUGUAGAUCCCUAUGCUUACCUCAAAAGACAGGAUUUCACCUCAGAGAAAUUUAAGAUUGAGAUCAGAGGUUUGCCAAAGUUCUACGGAAUCGGCGAACUAAAGAAGCUUCUCAAUGUGAAACUGAAGUUGGGAUCCAACAAGAUAAAGCCGCCGAAAAGGGGCAGUCAUUGGGUGUAUGUGUGCUUCAGAUCAGAAGAAGACAGAGAAGAAGCAUUGAAGGCAAUCGAUGGAUUCACAUGGAAGAAUAAGACUUUGUCAGCUGAGAAUGCAAAUGCAGCACCUGACCCACUGGUAAAAAGGAGAAUUGCCAACAACCAACAAGAUGACAAUACCGCCAAAAGGUGUAAAUUAGAAGACGUGAGAACGCAAGAAGAAAUAAUAAAGAGCAAUGCUACACCUUUAUGUGACGUGCCUUAUGAAGAGCAACUGAAAAUGAAACAGCAGAAAGCUAGAAAACUUCUGGAGCGUUUUGGAAACGAGCUAGCUACAGCUAACCGCUCAUUGAAACCGUGGCUGGAUAGUCAAAAGGCCAAAUUUGACGGUCUUCCUUGUCAAUUACUCGAUAUCGUUUCUGUCAAAGACCAUUGCGAUGGAUACAGGAAUAAAUGCGAAUUCACAAUAGGUAUCAAUCAAGAGACUAAGGAGAAAGCGAUUGGCUUCAGAUUGGGGAGCUAUGUUUUGGGGAAUACUGGAGUGGGGCCUAUUCAAAAUUUGAAAAACAUACCGCCCAGGAUGAAGGAGGCUGUGUCUGUGUUUGAGAAGUUUGUCAGAUCGUCAGAACUAGACGUGUUUGACCCGGAAACUCAGAGCGGUCACUGGAAACAGCUGACGGCCCGCUAUGGAUUUGUCACCGAUCAGCUGAUGCUGAUAGUGGGUGUCAAUCCACAAAUCGGCAGUCCACAACAGCUGACUGAGCAACAGCUGGAAGACGUCAAACAGAAAUUGCGCGACUUUUUCACCGACGGCGAGGGAAAGUGCAUCAAAGUGACUUCUCUCUACUUCCAGAUCAUCAGGAAAAAACAAGCGGGAGAGAUCCUUCCGUCUCCAGAACAUAUACUGGGCGAAAAGUACAUUGUCGAAGUACUCUCUGGAUUGAAAUUUAAAAUCUCGCCGGAGUCGUUUUUCCAAAUCAACACAAAGACUGCCGAACUGCUCUAUGACAAUGUUGGAAAUCUGGCAGACCUGAAUGGUGAGACUACGCUGCUGGACAUCUGCUGUGGUACUGGCACUAUUGGCCUUUCUCUUGCUUCUAAAUGUGGCCAAGUUUUAGGCUUGGAACUGAUCGAAGAGGCUGUGAAGUAUGCGAAAGAAAAUGCCGAAGAGAAUAAAAUCACAAAUUGUGAAUUUUUCUGUGGCAAAGCCGAGGAGAUCAUUACGUCGGUGGCGUGUAAAGCGGUUCAUAAGAAAGUGGUAGCCGUGGUUGAUCCUCCCAGAGCUGGCUUACAUCAGAAAGCCGUCAUCCUACUCCGUCGCUUGCAGAACAUUGAGAAGAUGGUGUUCCUAGCGUGCGACGCCAAGGCUGCUCUCAAGAACUUCGUCGACCUGGGAAGACCGGCCUCGAAAACACUGACCGGCGACCCCUAUGUUCCCAUAGCUGCCGUUGCUGUGGACCUGUUCCCGCACACCAAUCACUGUGAACUAGUGCUCUGUUUCCAGCGAAUGGAUCCAGGUCAACUCUCUAGCAAUGACAAUAAAUAGCGAAUUGGUUACAUUAAGAGCCUGUUCACAUGACAGCGAUUUACGCUCGGUUAUCGCGCGGUUGACCAACCGAGCGGUUGCCAGGUAUAGGGAAACACAAAUGCAACGCUCGGUUUUAGUAGUCGCCGGCGAAUCGCGGCGGUUGUAGUUUCCAGUCCAACCGAUCGGUUGUCGGGCGGUUCGAUAUACUAGAGCAGGUAUGAGAGCGUACACAUGUCUUCCAGUCAACCGAGCGGUUGCGAGCAGAGCAGUUCACAUAGUGCACAUUCUAUUACAAUCUAGUUCAAUAAAAAAUUAUUCUAUUAUAAUUUUCAGUUCAGUUAGUUAGUAAAAUAAGUUUACGUUAGUUUGUAGAGGAUCAUAUUUCAUAGUAGGGUAAACUAGCCCACGUUGGGACACCAAAAUUCAAACAUCUAUAACUUGGACAAAAAUAAAAUAAAUCUUCAUUUUUUAAUUUUAUAUUAAUUGUAUUUGCUUACACUUUCAUGGCAACUGCAUUGAUUGUCAAUUGAUUUUUUUUAUUGCAAAAACAAUUUUUUGGGAGUGUCCCAACCUGGGCUUAAGAUCGGCCCACGUUGGGACAUCCCUUGCCUAGGUUGGACAUUGAAUUAAAAAUAAGCAAUUUGUUAUUAUAGGUACAUGAUAAGUCAUUUUUAGUUAAUUGAAUAGCUUUCUCAAAAAUUGAUAUUUUCAGAAAAUUUUUGUUUUAUUCAAUCAACAAUACCAUUAAGAAUUAAUCUUCCAAAUCUCAUGGAUUUAUUUCUUACCGUAUUUGAAAUUUACUCAAAAAGUAAUGAUCGGAAAAAACAUUUCUGAGAAAACUUUUCCAUUUUGAUAGCUUGAUGAUAAUACAAAUCGAAAAACUUUGAAAAAUAUCACCAGUAGAAAGUUUAAUUUCAGCCUUUGCACAGUCUUAACCGAGGGCAAACCGCUCAUGAAUCGCUGUCAUGUGUACGAGGCUGGCAAAUCGAGCGAUUUGCCAACCGCGCAACAACCGAGCGUAAAUCGCUGUCAUGUGAACAAGCUCUAAUGACCAAAAGCGACGACCUGUACAACUAUAUCGAUGGACAAUAAAUAGAGUUUUUUAGUAUUCAACAAUAUAACAAUUUUUUAGUA